AUGUAUAGAAACAAAUAUCAGCCCAAUAUUUUAUCUCUUCUAUUAAGUGCCGGUUCUAAACCACUAGAAAUAUGGAAAACCAAAACAAAAAAAGGCUGUGUUAGAAAAGUAUUAGAUGAUACAAUAAAAUUAAGUGCCAUCGAAAUUUUAUCAGAAAAUACAUCAGACUCGUAUAUAUAUACGGCACCUCAACCCUUUAAAUCGCUUUCUAUCACUUUGCCUAUCAUAGUUCUUAUCAUUAAAAAUAUGAAUAAAUAUUUUUCCUUUAGAAUAAGCAUAUUAGAUGAUAAAAGAUGUCGCAGAACUUUUAGAAUUUCCAACUUUCAAACUGUAACAAGAUUAUCAAACAAGUGGUGUACAAUGCCAAUGGUUUUAAAUGAAGGAUGGAAUAUCAUACAGAUAAAUUUAAAUGAUUAUACUGAAAAGGCCUUUAGAACAAAAUAUAAGGAGACCAUUGAUAUUCAGAUUAAUGCGAGUAUAAGGAUAAGGUGUGUAUAUUUUUGUGAUCGUAUAUACAAAAAUGAGGAAUUGAAAGAUGAAUUUAAAAUAUUCUGUAAGAAAAAAGAAAAACCUAAAUACGUUCCUCCUCAAUAUUUAAACACAACCCAAAAAAAGACGACAAUUAAAAAUGUGAUAAAAGCGAAGAAUUUGAAAAGGGAGGAUGUGGAAGAUGAAAAUGAACAAAAGGAAGUUACACCAAAUGAUGAACAGAAGGAAGGUACUCCAAAUGAUGAACAAAAGGAAGAUACUCCAAAUGAUGAACAAAAGGAAGAUACUCCAAAUGAUAAACAUAAUAAAGAUGCUCCAAAUGAAGAAAAUGUAGUCCACGAUCUGAACAAAGCCGAACUUUCUGACAAUUUAGAAAGUCAUGCUGGAAAAAACUUUGAUACAGAUUUUGAAAAUAAAAAUGAUGGUGAAGAGAAUUAUUUAAUAGAUGUCAUUGAUAACGCUGACGAAGAUGGAGAAGACAAAAUGCUAGAAAAUAAGAAAGAAGAAAAUGAAAACCCAUAUAACGAAGUUGACAUAACUAAUAUAAGUGAAAUUAAAAACUUAGAAAUGGAUUUAAAUAACGUACUAUAUGAAGAUGUAAAUUAUGAAACUUAUAAUAAUGAUGAUAAUUGA